GGGGCUUUUGUAGAUAUCCCAUCAUCAGGAAGAUCUAAUGAUUAAUUUCUUAUUUCUAUAUUUCAAAACGUGGAUUAAUAGUAGAGUAGAAAAGUACAUGAUUAUAAAUCAAUCAGCCUGUUUUUCCAAAUAUUACACCCAAGGCAUUUACAAUAACAUGACAUAUACUAUAGUAACUAUAAUAACGAAGGAACGUUCACAGCAAGUCUUGUGUAAAUCUGACAUUUGAAAUGGAUGAAUGCGAUAAGAAAUAUUUUGGUGGUUACUCAAAGUUGAACAUACACGAGGUAAUGUUAAGAGAUGAAGUAAGAACAGGAACGUACAGGAAUGCAAUCCUACAAAAUACCCAUCUAUUUAGAGACAAGAUCGUACUGGAUGUGGGAUGUGGAACAGGUAUUUUGUGCAUGUUUGCUGCUGAGGCUGGAGCAUCGAAAGUUAUUGGUAUCGAUUGUGCCCAAAUAAUAGACCACACUAGGGACAUUGUCAGCAAAAACGGUUUUUCAGAUGUCAUAACUCUGAUUAAAUGCAAAGUAGAAGAUGCAACUUUGCCUGAUGGGAUAAAGAAAGUCGAUAUCAUUAUCAGCGAAACGAUGGGAUACUGUUUACUAUUUGAAUCCUCAAUAAAUUCUAUAUUAUUUGCUAGAGACAAGUGGUUGAAGAAGGAAGGAGGUUUGAUAUUUCCAGACAAAUUCUGGCUUCACCUUACUGCUUUUGAAGACACACGUUUUCGGGAUAAAAUAUCAUAUUGGGAUAAUGUACAAGGGUACGAUAUGAGUAGUAUUAUACGACAUCAGGACUUUGACAGAAUGUAUGUCGAUGUAAUUGAUGCUUCGAAAGUGGUGUCAAAUAGUUCUCUGAUUAAGGAAAUAAAUCUAUACACUGUCAAAGAAAAAGAAUUGUCGUUGGAGGCUCCAUAUCAUAUCCAGAUUAACAAGACCGGUGUCGUUGAUGGUUUUUUUACUUAUUUUGAUAUUGGGUUUUCACAUUGCGUGAGGAGGACAGGAUUUUCUACAGCCCCGGAGGCAAAGCCAACUCAUUGGAAACAAACUGUGAUACCCUUUUGGAACUCCAGCCUUUCUGUCACAAAAGGUGACAGCUUGUACGGGACAAUCAGCAUUAAACCACACGCAUACAAUAGGCGAGGACUCUAUGUCAAGAUCAACGUUAGCAGGGAUACAGACAAUGAAUUGCUUCUAAAAAAAGAUUUUUCAUUUUUACCAUAAGAAUGGACAUUUUCUGUGAUAAAAAAACCAUUCUCAAUAAUUUAUUUCAUUCAUUUCUAGUCAACAAUUUACAUUCAAGAUUUGG